CCAUUUCCGCUUCCGGGAGCAGGGACCGCAAUGGCGGUGCUGGCGUCCAACCCCAACAACCCCGUGGUCUUCUUCGAUGUCACCAUCGGCGGGCAGGAGGUCGGCCGCAUGAAGAUUGAGCUGUUUGCCGAUGUUGUACCCAAAACGGCAGAGAACUUCAGGCAGUUUUGUACGGGUGAAUUCAGGAAAGAUGGUGUCCCUAUAGGUUAUAAAGGAAGCACUUUCCACAGGGUAAUAAAGGAUUUCAUGAUCCAAGGAGGUGACUUUGUAAACGGAGACGGCACUGGCGUAGCCAGUAUAUAUAGGGGUCCUUUUGCAGAUGAAAACUUCAAGCUGAAACACUCUGCUCCUGGGCUGCUCUCUAUGGCAAACAGUGGUCCCAGUACCAAUGGCUGUCAGUUUUUCAUUACGUGCUCCAAAUGCGACUGGUUGGAUGGAAAACACGUCGUGUUCGGUAAAAUUGUCGAUGGGCUGUUGGUCAUGAGAAAAAUCGAAAAUGUGCCUACGGGUCCAAAUAACAAACCCAAGCUGCCAGUUGUGAUCUCUCAGUGUGGGGAAAUGUAAAGCAAUGAAACAGAAAUGUGUGCUCCUUCACCGGUGGUUAGGCCUGUGCUGGCUCCAUGCAGUUCCAACUCCAGCCAGUUCCCACCACCACCCCAGUCUUCUCCAUAGGCCAGAUCUGUGCUCUUGAUGUUCUUCUGAAAUUAUUUAAUAAUUGGCAUCUAUUUUUUUUAUGUUUUGAAAUGUAAAUAAAGAAUUUUGUUAAAUAUG